AUGGCCAAAUCAUCGAGCCCGCCCAUGUUCCCAACCCCUUCCGCUUCCCAGGAAGAAGUAGAUGCCUUCUUACAUGAAUGGGUAGCAGCUCGCUGGCAGGUACCGGUCUCCAGCCAACGAGUCAGGGAUGUUUCAUUUCGCUUCAAGGGGACAGGCUCCACGCUUUAUUCGCUUUCACAGGAAGAAAUGCGGGCUUUAAUGGGGAAUACAGCGCUGGGGGAUGUUCUAUAUUUCUCCCUGUGCUAUGAUUCUCCCUACGGGAGUGCAACGAGAGGCAAAUACGCCUCUGUCGUCUCUGGGCUUUCGAACGCUGCCAGGUCCCUGGGGCCAUUCAUCCAGAGUCCUUCUUCUUCAUCGUCAUCAUCCUCGUCGGCAUCAGCGUCGACGUCGUCUACUUCGAUAGACGAGCCAUAUACUAAGCCAACGCCACCAGCGAUAAGUUGGAGCUCGUUGCCGAUCCGCUGUCUUUCGGAGAAGCCUGGUGCUCAGUACCUUAAUAAGUUCUAUGUGAAGUAG